AUGCAGCCGGCCAAUGCGAACGAGGAAUGGAAACAGUAUGUGGAGCUGCAGCCGCUGCUGGAGCGUCUGAUCGAGCAAGAAAAGCCGCUGCAGCUGGCCGCCUGCCCCGCAGAGGAUGCGGCCAAUGCAAACGAACAGAAGCGCCUGGCCAAAGUGGCCGCCUUCAAUGAGUGGGCGCGCGCGGGCGGUGUCCAAACCGAUUGUGUGGAAAUAACAACAUUUCCCGGCUAUCAGCUGGGUCUGCGCGUCACACGCGAUCUGGCCGAGGGCGAGCUGGUGCUCACUGUGCCGCGUCAGCUCAUUUUCUCGGAGGAGCUGUUGCCCGAGGCGCAACGCAAGCUCUUUAUCGACUUUCCCACCCACCUGAAUGUCACAUAUAUGCUUAUCAUUGAGAAGGUGCGCGGCGCCGCCAGCAAUUGGCAGCCCUUCAUCGAUACGCUGCCCACGCGCUACAAUACCGUGCUAUAUUUUACCGUGGAGCAAAUGCAGCGCCUGCGCGGCACAUCUGCCUGUUCCGCUGCCGUGCGUCAUUGUCGCGUCAUUGCACGCAUCUAUGCCUCCAUGUACAAGUGCGCCUACAUGCAGCCUGAUGACAGCGUUAUGGCCGGCAUGGCAAAUCUCUUUACCGAGUACGGUCUCUGCUACGAGCUCUAUCGGUAA